UGAGUGAGAGCUAGUGUUUAGUUUGAGUGGAUAUGGGACCCUGGGCUUGUUGAUAAAGUGAUGUUUUGGUUCACGAAUAGAUGAAGAGAAAAACGUCGUGACAGUGCUUCCAGUGCUUCGCAAUCGGAAAUGUCCGCCUUAAUUUAAGUUUCCUCCCGUUUUGUUUAACGUUGAUUUUUGCGUUCGGUUUGUAAAAGACUCCCCCGUGUCGUAGGUCCCUCAAUGACCGCGAAAUCCCCCCAAGUCUAAGCAACCACCAAGUUGGAUUUCAAAGGCGUUUCUUCCUGCCUGGGGGCAUUAGGCAGUUCGCCGGCCCCCUCAGCACCAACUUCGUCUUCCGACGACAUCUCGCAUCAACAAUUCAACAUCUUCCCUGCUAUCUUUAGCAGGCAGCUUAACUUUAACGCGUGUCCACAAUCCAAAUCGAUGAUGGAAGAGCUCCGACCUAACUUGGUGGGUGUUGGAAACUUGUUGGGAGUCGGGGGACUGCUCGAAGAACACCACGGCCAUUUGAUGAGUUCGAGUAGUAGUAAUGGUGACAAGGGGACGGCGAGGAAAUGCAACACAAGUGGCUCGUCGGCGGAGGACUUCAGCGCCAUUUACGGCGGUUUACCGCAUUCGCAUGAGCACCACCCACACACGCCAGCCCACACGCCGCCGGCGGCCCCGAGGUCUAUCACGGAUCAUACAGAUGGUGCUUUUAAAAAACUGAAACCGGAACCAACGACGACUGGUAGCAACAGUUUGGGCACUGUGUCCCCCGGCGGCCCUCAGCACACCGGCCACACCCCGACCACCGCCUCCUGUCCCACCCCAGCUCGAAGAAGACACCGCACUACCUUCACCCAAGAACAACUCGCUGAACUAGAAGCGGCCUUCGCCAAAAGCCACUACCCGGACAUCUACUGCAGAGAAGAACUAGCUAGGAGUACGAAAUUAAACGAAGCCCGGAUACAGGUGUGGUUUCAGAACCGAAGAGCCAAAUACCGAAAACAGGAAAAGCAGUUACAGAAAGCCCUAGCCCCCAGUGUCCUCCCCGGCUGCAACGGCGCCAUGAUGCGUAACAUUUACCCGGGGGCGGCGCGAGGCUAUCAGCCCUACCCACAUCCCACGGCCAUCAACAGAUACCCCCAGAUGACGACGAGUAGUUACCCCGGAAUGGCACAGUCGUUUUCCAUGUCACAUGGUACAAAUAUGACUACGGUAGCAGGAAUGAGACAAGAUGCAAUGAGUAUGAGCGCCGAGGAUGAAUGGUACAAUAAAAGCUUAUCCGCCCUAAGGAUGAACACAACGCAUCAUCCAAAUUUAGCAGCACCAAUGUUACAAUACCAAACGUAAUAAUAAAACCAGUGAACUAGACACUGCACUCGAAUCGAUCCAAUGUAUUAAUCAAACACUGGCAAAAUGAAAUUAUUGCGUUGAUUUCAUCACAAAAACAUACGUAAUAAAGUUUUAUCAUUACAAAAUUUAUUUAAGCGAACAACGAGCCAAUAUGAUAAUAAAAUAUGGCUUCUAAUCUAGUCGACUUAAGUUCCUUGAUCUCCUGAUGAUGGACCGAUGCUUUCGAAACGUUUGUGGGGGAUUAACCCGUUGUUUGUAAAUUUUGUGUGUUAGUGAUGUACAACCGUGAAGAUUAAGUUUAUCGAACGAUAUUCGCUGAUUUCAAUACAUUCUUAUUAAAUCAAUCUACUUUGUUAAGUUUACUCAUGUACAUAUAUUUUUAUGCUCAUUGUUAUAGCAUUUCGAUUACGGCAAAAGGUUCAAUAGUAUCUUCAAAUAAAUUUGAUCUGAAUGGUUGCUAUUAUUUUAUACAUGUAUCCAGAUAUUUCGAUACUCUUUACUAAAUAUAUGUCAUAGAGUCCAAGCUACACAAGUUUUGAUAUAAAAACCAGACGUAACAAAACUUAUGUAAAGACACAGAUUGUAGUUAAUAUCAUUACAUGUGCCAUAUUUAUUGUAAUUGCAUUUUGUGUGAUUGUACUUUAGAA